CAUGGGCAAGGCAGUCGGGCCGAGUCGCCAGCCGCGGACGGUUCACGCUCUAAACUUGCGCGCAUUUCUCAAGAGAGAAAAGAGAUUCUAUUAUAAGGAAGAGAUUUAACAUUCAAAGUGCGUGUGUGUGUGACGCGGCUCGUGCUUAAAGAGUCGUGUGUGUUUUAUUUUGCGACGAUUUUUUAAACAAAAAGAGAAAAACCUUUCUUUGAAGCCGGAAGAAAAAACGACACAGACAACCUUGGAGAGAGACUCCCCUUUUAAUGAAAUAAGACGGGCCGGACAGGAUUUUCUUUGACGGGCGAAAUAAAAAAGGUGGACGGGUUUUGGUUUUCGGUUGCCGUCGUGGAAUUUUCUCUUAAAUAAUUGACCAACGAUGACUUGAAGUUUCGACUCUUGAUUUCUCUCAACUUAUUUUUCGCUAUAAACACUCACGCGUGGAAAAUACAAGAAAAAUAAAAAUGACCGAAAAGCUGCUUCGUCAGUGCUGCGCAGUGCACGGUCGCUUUUUGGCUGCUUGGAGUUGAGCGAGAGACUCAGAAAAGUGGACAACAACAAAAGUGUGGGGGGAAAAAUAGAAAAACAACUUUUUGGAGAGAGAAAAAACAAAAGCGUUUUCACACAUUGGGGGGUCGUGUGUCACACAGGUGUGUGCGUGAGCGGCAACUCUGAAAGAGUAAAACUUCUUCUUCUUCUUCAUUUCGCAAUAAUACAUAAAAGCGCAGACGAGUAAUACAAGAGUCAGUCGCCCACACGACGAUUUCUUUUUGAACUCCCUCCACGCAAACAACCAGUCGGCGUCAGGAGCCACACGACACAACAAACAACAUCCAACAAUUGCCAACUGAUUGCCAAACCGACAACAUGAAAAGGUACGGCUCAACGCUGGCCAUCCUCGUCCUGCUGGCAGGUCUUGCCUGUUGCCGGGCGCAGCAGCAGCAACCGCCACCACCACAACAACAACAACAACACCAAUCCUGCACAGUAGACGGUGUGACCUAUGAAGACGGAUCUUCCUGGCCAUCGCUGGAUGGCUGCCAACAAUGUAAAUGCAGUUCGGGACUAACGUUUUGCGUCCGCGUUUCCUUCUGUCGCGAUCUCGGCCAAUGCGGAGUCAUCGUGACACUUCCCGGCGCAUGCUGUCCGGUCUGCUUUGGCUGCGUAAGUCCGUCCGGUAGGAAAAUGUCGCUAAACGAGACUUGGAUGGAAGAUGAUUGCACAACUUGCAUUUGCCGCGAUGGCCAGUCCAAGUGCCAAGCCUCUUUCUGCCGUACUCCGUGCCUCCAGCCGCGCAAAGUUCCAGGAGAGUGCUGCCCAGUCUGCGAUGAUGACUGCCACCUGCAGUGUCUCUACGGGCGGGCAGUGGAUUCCAGCGGGCGAGAGUUGUGCGAGUGCCGCAAGGUUCCCGACGAGGAUUUCCGCGACUUGCAGGUGACCAUUCAAACGAAGGUGAUAGACCGGGCUGAAGGAGUGGACGGGCAAGAAGCCGACGGAGAUUUCGUCACGGCCGGGGCCAACGAGGCCAUCAAUUGCCCGAGGGUUCCGUGCAAGAGGAUGUGCGCUCACGGGUUCCAGACGGACGAGCGUGGCUGCCCGAUAUGCAAGUGUCAACGCUGCAAAUCCAUCCAGCCGUGCCACAAGAAAUGCGCGCUGGGCUUGGUCCAUGAUGGACGAGGAUGCCCUACUUGUCAUUGCCGGCCAGGUGUUAGCAGCAGCAGCACCUCGCCCUCGCAGAAUGGCGGAGCGACGCGCCAACCGGUCAUGACGUCAUCGUUUUCAGUCAGCAGCAGCAGCAACGGCAAGUGCCUGGCAGGCGGUAGCAACCUCACCUUCUACAACUAUGGAGAUCGUUGGCAGAUGGAUGACUGCACCCACUGCGUCUGCCAUCCAGGAGGGCCGACCUGCACAGAGAUGGCCUGUCCGCUCCCUUGUCACAACGCCAUCUUCGUUCCCGGUCAAUGCUGCCCAGUGUGCGGUGACGGGUCUCGCACUUCGACCAUACCAACCGGUGGAUCGUCGACGGGCCAACAACGCAAUAGCGACGAGAGUCGAGAUGGGAUGGCGGACGGUACGGCGCUACUGACGGUAGUGCUGGUGUGCGUGGCCCUAGUAGCUGGAUUGAUCCUAAUCGUGGCCAUUUUGGCCGUUUGCGUGGCUCGUCAGUGCCAGCGCCUUCAACUGCACGAGGAGAGCAUGGCAGCCGCUGCCGUGAAACUAACGGCCGUCAACCGAUUAAGGCCCAAAUCGACCAAUCUCGAUUAUCAGUACAAUCUGUAUCUACACCGUUACAGGGAAACUGUCCCGGGGAACGGAUGGCCAUUUGACGGAUCGUCUGACUCGCAAGACAAGGACGAAGGCGGGAGCAGUCAGUGCAGCAACAGCCCCCUGCUGAUGGUGAAAUCCGCGUGAAGUUCCAGCACGAAGAGGCUGACUGCGACCAGCAUCACUUUUGAAAGGCUUGCCUGUGGAUGCGCACUUUCUGUACAUAGCUUCAAACAACAUCCAUUUUAUUUAAUGAUAAUUUGAUAGGACAGGUUAAAAAAGAAAACAAAAUAAAGGAGAAAAAGAGUAGUCACCUUAGUAUAGAAUUACCAUGACGACCGUUGUUUGAUAACUGUUUCACGCUCGUGUUCACUAAUGUCGGAGCGAGUCGACAUUACGGAAGGAAAAAAAAUUCACCAUUUCAAGAUUUUAAGGAUUAUUGAAUAUAGUUUCUCUAACUGCAAACAUCUCUGUAAUCUCGUUGUAACAUUAUCAAAUUAUUAUGAUACACACUGGGAAGAUUACCGAAGUACGAAGAGAAACCACAA